AGUAAACUUGAGUUGUAUAAAUCGUAUGAAAAAUUGAAAUUUUCUUUUUUGCGCGAUUCUUCGGUUUAUAAAAUUAAAUUUGCAUUAAAAAAUCGAUAUGGAUACCAUGAUUAAUACGGAUGAUGUUGAUCAAAUUGAUCCGACAACUGCAGCUGCUGCAACAACAACAACAACAUCGAAUCGAAAUGAAAUUAUCGAUCCAAACGCUAUUGCAUUGAAUACCGAUGAUCAAGAAAUGGCAAAUAAUCAAGAAGUUAAAUCAAUCGAAAUCAAUUUGAAUGUUAUUAAAACAUUUUUUCUAAAUACAAUUUCAUUGUAUGAAUAUUUGGUUAAAAAUCUUUGUACAACAUGUAAUGUUGUUGAAAGUGAAGAAUUUAUUGCAUUACAUAAAAAUCUAUUGGAUUUUGAAAAUAUAUUCAAAAUAUUUGAAGUUUCAUUCGAUAAAACUUUGUUGACAACAUUGGUUAAAAAGAAUAUUAUACGUGAUCAGAUUUCGGUUUCGAACACUCAUCAUCAAUCAUCAAUGGAUCAUGGAACUAUCGUUGGAGAUAAUAAUAAUGAUCAUUCGAUUGUUAAUGAUAAUAAUCAUUAUCAUGAACAAAGUGCCGUUACUUCGAAAUAUCCAUGCUAUGUAUCAUCUUGUAGUCAAUUUUAUUCCACUGAAGAAGGUGCUAAAAUACAUUUUAUCAAAAAUCAUUGCAACAAAGGUGAUAUAUUUGAUGAAGAUGAACAAGCAAAAUGUAAACAAUCUGAACAUGCUAUUGCUAAUUUGAAUUAUUUGAAAAAAAAUGCUUCCGGACGUUAUAAUUGUCCAGUUGAUGAUUGUAAUUAUUCAACAUCGGAUCGUAGUAAUUUUAAAGUACAUCUGCAGCGUCAUACGAAUUCAAGGACAUUUUCUUGUAUUUGUUCGAAAAAAUUUUUUACUCGUGAUCCAUUUAUGAUACAUUUCGUCCGGCUACAUAUGAAAGAAGUUGAUUGGAAUUUGGCACAAAAUGAUAUUCGAACAUUACGUAAAACUAUUCGUCGUCUGAUUAAUCGUAAAUAUUUACAAUUCACUUCGAAUGAUGAUGUUUCCGAUUCAGAUUCCGAUCUAAAUGGUCCAAUGGAUGCUGAAAAAAAUGAACUAAACAAUUAUAUAACACAGGCUAUUCAAGAUUCAAACCAACAACAACAACCGAUUACCAUAUCAUCAGAAAAUUCAAUGUCUAUCGAUAAUAAUAAUGAUGAUGAUGAUCCAUUGAAUUCAUUCAAUGUAUCAUUAAAUUUAAAAGAAAAUUUUUUUACCGAUUCGGUUACAUUCAAAUCAGAAGGUGUUGAACAAGAUGUUUUGGCAAAAUUACCUGCAAAUGAAAAAUUGGUACAAAAUAUGUCAUUAUCAUCAACAAAAGAUAAAAUUAUUCAGAAAGAAAUACCACAACGACAACGUAAAUAUAAAUGUCCACAUAAAUAUUGUGGACAAGAAUUUUUUACAUCAAAAAAUUUAUUAGUUCAUUUGAAAGCAUCACAUGAUCCAAAUAAUCCUGUACCAUGUACUGAACCGGGUUGUUUGGCUCGUUUUAAAUCAACUGCAUUAUUGGCUCAACAUCAAAAACGUCAUCAGGUACAAUAUUCUUGUACAAUUUGUUCAUAUCGUACACAUUUGGCCGCAUUGAUGACCCGACAUAAUCGACAACAUGCUGGUGAACAUUUACAUCAUGAAUGUACAAUUUGUCAUGAAAAAUUUGAAUAUCUUGGUGCAUUACGAUCACAUUUAUCAAAAGUACAUAAUGAAAAAGAACCAUUAAAAUGUGAAUUUCGUGAUUGUCAGAAAAAAUUCAAAACAAUCAUCGGUUUGAAAAAACAUUGCCGUGAAUUUCAUUAUAAUAUGAAAGCGGAAAUUUGUUGUGAAUGGCCCGAUUGUACGGCUAUAUUUUCAAAUAAAUCAUCAAUGGCAAAUCAUAUGCGUAUACAUACUAAUGAACGACCAUAUCAAUGUACAUGGCAAGAUUGUGGUAAAUGGUUUCGUUUAAAAGAAACAUUAAAACGUCAUAUUAAAUUGCAUCAAGGUUAUAAACCACAUAUUUGUCCAUUCGAUAAUUGUGAUUGGUCAUUUGUAACGAAAAAAAGUUUAAAAACACAUAUGGAAAAAGGACAUCAUAGAAAUUCACAAACGGCAGCCGCAUCAAAUAGACAUCAACAACAGCAGCAACAACAAGAACAACAAUCUACAUCCGCAUCCGUAUCUGCAUCUGCGUCUACAUCUGCAUCCGCAUCCGUAUCCGUAUCGAAACAAGAAUUAGAUGAUUCUGACGAAGUUCGACCAAAAAUUGAAAUCGACGAUGAUGAUGAUGAUUUAGUUAUUGCACAACAACAACAAAUGGAACAAGAUGAUGUCGAUGAAGAUCAUUCGAAUACUGGUGAAGAAAUGGAAACAACAACAGCAUCCAAUAUUUGAAUGAUUUGAUUGAAAAUUAAAUAAAUUUUAAUUUUUGCAUG